UACUCCGAAGCGGUUUACUCUGAUGCAGUUUACUCCGAAGCGGUUUACUCUGAUGCAGUUUACUCCGAAGCGGUUUACUCUGAUGCAGUUUACUCCGAUGCAGUUUACUCCGAAGCGGUUUACUCUGAUGCAGUUUACUCCGAAGCGGUUUACUCUGAUGCAGUUUACUCCGAAGCGGUUUACUCUGAUGCAGUUUACUCCGAAGCGGUUUACUCUGAUGCAGUUUACUCCGAAGCGGUUUACUAUGAUGCAGUUUACUUCGAUGCAGUUUACUCUGAUGCAGUUUACUCCGAUGCAGUUUACUCCGAUGCAGUUUACUCCGAUGCAGUUUACUCUGAUGCAGUUUACUCCGAUGCAGUUUACUUCGAUGCAGUUUACUCCGAUGCAGUUUACUUCGAUGCAGUUUACUCCGAUGCAGUUUACUCCGAUGCAGUUUACUUCGAUGCAGUUUACUCCGAUGCAGUUUACUCCGAUGCAGUUUACUCCGAUGCAGUUUACUCCGAUGCAGUUUACUUCGAUGCAGUUUACUUCGAUGCAGUUUACUCCGAUGCAGUUUACUCCGAAGCGGUUUACUCCGAAGCGGUUUACUCCGAAGCGGUUUACUCCGAAGCGGUUUAUUUCAAAGCAGUUUACUCCAAAACGGUUUAUUUCAAAGCAGUUUACUCCAAAACGGUUUAUUUCAAAGCAGUUUACUCCGAAGCGGUUUACUCCGAAGCGGUUUACUCCGAAGCGGUUCAAAGCGGUGUGCCGAUGCCUGUAUGACUUUAUCAGAAGCAGAAUGUUUGUUUAUGGUAAAGAACCUGUUUACCUGUUCUCAUCAGAACCGCCAGCCAAUGAUGAACCAGAUGAGUGGAGUGUCCAAUAUGAACCUACCUCUACAGUCCAACAACCCCAACCAGGUAGCUUACUCACACAUUACUCACAGUUACUCACACAGUAACCAAAUAGUUAUAGAAAUACCAGUAUUAUAAUUCACCAGAAAACAAUGAUCUUUUUUUUUGUAGAUAUUGUUAAAUCUGACUAUCUCCUUUUCUCUCUGUCUCCAGGGGACCAUCAAUGCUCAGAUGCUGGCGCAACGCCAGAGAGAACUCCUCAGCAACCACCUGCGGCAGCGUCAGCUGGAGCACCAGAGACAACAACAACAACAACAACAACAACAACAACAGAUCGCGGCGCAGCAGCAGAGGAACAUGGUGAUGAGAGCCCAGGGACUCAACCUACCUCCCAAUAUGGCCGCCGCUGCUGCAAGUGGCCUAUCAGGAGGCCUGAGUAACCCCCGGAUCCCCCAGACCACCAACCCCCAGCAGUCCCCCUACCCACCCAGCUACGGUACCAGUACAGGCCCAGGCCUGGCCUCACCCACUCCUCCUCCUCACCCCUCUACCAGCCCCUUCUCCUCCCCCCUCCUCUCGCCCAGCCUGCCCUCCUCUCUCCCCCCCCACCACGCCCUGCAUGGCUCUACCUCCUCCCAGAUGAUGAUGAUGUGGGCGACGGGGGGAUCAGGACAGGUUGGGGCCGUAGUCGGCCCUCAUGUACAGCAGCUCAGUGCCUUUCAGUUCUCAAUCUCAGGUACCUACUGCCUUACAACCCACCAACAAUUAGAUUCAUCCGCCUCCUGGUUAAUAGCCAAUCCUGAUUGGUCCUCCUGAUUUAAUAGCCAAUCCUGAUUGGUCAUCCUGAUUUAGGCCAUAAAACAUAUUUUCCACUAGAGGGCAGUAGCUGGACAGAAAGCGGUACCAUACAAACUACGUUAAGCAGACACCCUUAUGAUUUACAGUCCGUGCAUUCAACUAAGACUUCCACAUUGCCAGUAAAAACGUUCCUUAAUAAACCAUCAGCUCAAUCAGUGCUAGUAAGAAAAGACUAAAGCAAGAAACACAAGUUCAACAUAAUAAACUUCAUGUUACAUACAUUGUAAAUACAGUAUGUUCAUUUUACAGUUUACAGUGCUGUUUGUAUAUUUUAUUGGGUCUUUUUAAGGCUGCUUGAUAGGACUGAAUUCAAACUAUUUCCCAAUUCCCAUUAGUGCAUAUCAAUUAGAUCAAUAUUUAAUCAGACAUACAUCUGAUUAUAACCCCUUAGUCUCCCAGUGUAAUAUGUAAUCUCAGGUUAAUCUGAAGAUAAUCCUGUGUGACAUGCUGUCCUGCAACAUGGUGGUGUGGUUGAUCAAUCCCUUACAAUAAAGAACCCCCUCCUUUCCCCCCUCCCUCCCCCCCCUACUUCCCGCCCUCUCUAUCCCGCCCUCUCCUCCCCCCCCCCCCUCCUCCCCCCCCUCUCCUUCCCCGUCCGCUCUUCCCCCUUCCCCCCCCCCCCCCCCCCCCCCCCCCCCCCACACCUCUCUUUCCCACCCUCUCUCUCACCAGUCUCCCUCAUCCUCUCUUUCCUCCACUUUCCUACCCCCCCCCUUGGCUGCUCACACUAAUCGUGCAUCCCAAAUGGCACCCUGUUCCCUACACAGUGUAAUGCUUUUGACCAGAGCCCUCUGGUAGUGCACUAUGUAAGGAAUAGGGUGCCAUUAGGGACUGAACCAUUAACAUGCAUGUAGUCCUCCCUCCCUUCGAACGCCUGUACACUCCCUGAACCCUGAACCCUACCGCCUUAACCCCAACAGAUGACCUCUGAACCUUUUUUAGGCUUUGAUUGUAUUUUUGGUGAGUCUGUCAGUGUGUAAACUCUCAAUAAGUCAACUAUUGAGAGGACAUUGUAUUCUGCCAAACGGGUAACUGAUAUAACUGAAUGAUUUCCAGUCAUUAGCAGUUGUCUGUUCUAAGAGAGUAUGUACUCUGUGUGUUUGUGACUGUUACUCGAGUGUAUUAGAAUAAUUAGAUUUUGUCUGUAUUGCUGUCUGUUCUUUCACCAAGAGGACUGGAGUGAAUGUACACAUUUAUGUUAAGUGACCUACACACAUCAGCAAUCAAUUUGGAAAUAUAUUCCAGUUACGAGAUAGCACACUCACUGUAGCAUGUUGCGAUUGUCUUUCAAUGAAAAGUGAUUUAUAAAUUAAAUGUAUUUUUAUUAUUAUUAUUAUGAAAUGUAUGGACACCUCAGUGUUAGAGCUAUGUUCUAGAUGGUAUAGUCCAGGGUGACAGCAUCAGUUUAGCAUUUUCCCCACUAAUGGUUAAGGCAGCGUUUCCCAAACUCGGUCCUGGGGACCCCAAGGGGUGCAAGUUUUGGUUUUUGCCCUAGCACUACACAGCUGAUUUAAAUAAUCACCUCAUCAUUAAGCGUUGAUUAUUUGAAUCAGUUGUGUAGUGCUAGGGCAAAAAACCAAAACGUGCACCCCUUGGGGUCCCCAGGACUGAGUUUGGGAAACGCUGGGUUAAGGUUAGGAUUGGGGGAGGGGAAAGCUGAUUCUAGAUCUGUACCUAGGGGAAACAGGAGCAUUCUAGACCAGACCUGUUCGACCUAAAACCCUGACCUCUAACCCUACCAGGUAUGUCCCAGCAGCCUGAUGGAGGGUUUGGGGGUCAGGCCACGCCCCAGAGUCCCCUGCUGUCCCCCAGGAUGACCUACACCCAGUCUCCCAUGAUGCAACAGCAGGGCCAGGGCAACGCCACCUUCCAGGCCUCGCCUGACAUGAAUGGCUGGCCGCCCCAGGGCAACGUGGGAGGAAACAACAGGUGAGUGAGAAAGAUGGGGGGACCACAGGGUUGGCUGUGGAAACCUGUACAGUAAAACUGUCCCAAUAAUCAGAGGUCAAAGAGAGAGAGCACGUAGAGAGCAUGUCCUUAUUACAAUGUGUCUUAUCAGACAUCCAGUUGUCUGUGGAUGUUAAGAAUCUGUCUGUGAAUAUUAGUACUGAGCGAUUAACCGUCAUUUUAUGUACAGUUUCUUUAGAGAUAAAUCAGAUCAAGCCCGAACUAUGUUAGUAGGGAGUUGUAGUUUCCAACAGGCCAAUAUUCUACAUAGUUUAGCCCAGAAAACGUGCUAAUGAACUACAAUGACCAUAAUCCUUUGCGCACCUACUUGUCCGGUCUGUGUGGGGCAGACAGGGAGAGAAGAACGCGCGAUGGAGAGCAGUUGCUUCGUGAGGUAUCGCUAUCUGAAAAUACAUGAUCUAAGUGAUUGAUAGUUGGUAUUCAGCAGUUAUAAAAGUACGUCUUAUUUACUUUGAAGAACUACUAAAAUAGUGAUUUAGUCAGAUAGCAUAGGCAGCAGCUCUGUAGAGAUGAGAUGAUGACUUGGAAUGAAAUAAUAAAGUCAGCAAAUAAAACUAAUGUAAUAUCCACAACAACUGAAAUAUCUUAUUAAAGUAAAGUAAAGUGAAUAAAUGAUGGUUAAGAAGUGAUAAUAAUGGCCAGUCACUACCAUCAUGGGACUUUUAUUAAUAGUUGUAUUCUGUGUUGUUACAGCAUUCAUCCCACAUAAUGCAUAGUGCAUUUCAUGUUUAAAAAAAUUAUCGAAAACGAAAACCGUGGUUAAUUUUUCAUAAUUGAACCGAAACCGAACCGACCUCAAAAAGCACUAAUCGCUCAGCACUUGAAUAUCCAGGACAGCACAGAUCAACUACCAUAUCUAGGCUUCAAUAAACACCAAAUUAUGCAUGAUUAUUUUCCAUAUACACUACCGUUCAAAAGUUUGGGGUUGCUUAGAAAUGUCCUUGUUUUCGAAAGAAAAGCAAUUUUUUUGUCCAUUAAAAUAACAUCAAAUUGAUCAGAAAUGCAGUGUAGACAUUGUUAAUGUUGUAAAUGGCUAUUGUAGCUGGAAACUGCUGAUUUUUAAUGGAAUAUCUACAUAGGCAUACAGAGGCCCAAUAUCAGCAACCAUCAGUCCUGUGUUCCAAUGGCACGUUGUGUUUGCUAAUCCAGGUUUAUCAUUUUAAAAGGCUAAUUGAUCAUUAGAAAACCCUUUUGCAAUUAUGUUAGCACAGCCGAAAACUGUUGUGCUGAUUAAAGACGAAACUGAAGAUCUCGUACAACGUUGUGUACUACUCCCUUCACAGAACAGCGCAAACUGGCUCUAACCAGAAUAGAAAGAGGAGUGGGAGGCCCCGGUGCACAACUGAGCAAGAGGACAAAUACAUUAAAGUGUCUAGUUUGAGAAACAGACGCCUCAUAGGUCCUCAACUGGCAGCUUCAUUAAAUAGUACCCGCAAAACACCAGUCUCAACGUCAACAGUGAAGAGGCGACUCCGGGAUGCUGACCUUCUAGGCAGAGUUGCAAAGAAAAAGCCAUAUCUCAGACUGGCCAAUAAAAAUAAAAGAUUAAGAUGGGCAAAAGAACACAGACACUGGACAGAGGAAGAUUGGAAAAAAGUGUUAUGGACAGACAAAUCGAAGUUUGAGGUGUUCGGAUCACAAAGAAGAACAUUUGUGAGACGCAGACCAAAUGAAAAGAUGUUGGAGGAGUGCUUGAUGCCAUCUGUCAAGCAUGGUGGAGGCAAUGUGAUGGUCUGGGGGUGCUUUGGUGGUGGUAAAGUGGGAGAUUUGUGCAGGGUAAAAGGGAUCUUGAAGAAGGAAGGCUAUCACUCCAUUUUGCAACGCCAUGCCAUACCCUGUGGACGGCGCUUGAUUGGAGUCAAUUUCCUCCUACAACAGGACAAUGACCCAAAGCACAGCUCCAAACUAUUUAAUAAUUAUUUAGGGAAGAAGCAGUCAGCUGGUAUUCUGUCUAUAAUGGAGUGGCCAGCACAGUCACCGGAUCUCAACCCUAUUGAGCUGUUGUGGGAGUAGCUUGACCGUAUGGUACGUAAGAAGUGCCCAUCAAGCCAAUCCAACUUGUGGGUGGUGCUUCAGGAAGCAUGGGGUGAAAUCUCUUCAGAUUACCUCAACAAAUUGACAACUAGAAUGCCAAAGGUCUGCAAGGCUGUAAUUGUUGCAAAUGGAGUAUUCUUUGAUGAAAGCAAAGAUUGGACACAAUUAUUAUUUCAAUUAAAAAUCAUUAUUUCUAACCUUUUGAAUGACUACAUUUCCUAUGCAUUUUGCUAUAUUUCCUAUUUAAACUCAUUUAAUGUAUGUUUUCAUGGAAAACAAGGACAUUUCGAAGUGACCCCAAACUUUUGAACGGUAGUGUAGUUGAGUGUAAAACCCUUCUUUGGGUUAUAAAUGAAACUUGAGGCAUAGUAAUAAAAUAGUUCAGGAACUCUCUUAGUAGAGUUUAAACAUUUCUCUCUCUCUCUAUAUACUUAGUAGAGUUUAAAGCUAACCCUUCUCCUCUCAUAAGAUACCUUUCUUUAUUUUUUAGUAAGCUUUAACCUUUCUUCUUCUUAUAUUAGUUUAAACCUUUUCUUCUUUAUAUUUAAGUUUAAACCUUUCUCUCUCUUAUUAGUAGAGUUUAAACUUCUCUCUUUCUCUCUAUAUCUGUAGGUUUAAACUAACCUUCUCUCUCUCUAUACUUAGUAGAGUUUAAAGCUAACCCUUCUCUCUCUCUAUACUUAGUUAAAUUUUUUUUUCUAUAUUUGUAGAGUUUUUAAUUUUCCCUUCUUCUCUAUAUACUAGUAGAGUUAAACUUAACUUCUCUCUCUCUUCUAUAUUUAAACUCCUUCUCUCUUAUUUAUUAAAGCUACCCUCUCUCUCUCUAUACUGUAGAGUUUUAAACUUCCUCUCUUAUCUCUAUGUAUGAGUUUUAAUAAUUUUUCUUUUUUUAUAGUUUAAAGUAACCCUUCUCUCUCUCUCUAUACUUAGUAGAGUUUAAUUUUUUUUUUAAGCUAACCUUCUCUCUCUUUAUAACUUAGUUAGAGUUGAAAGUUAAGUCUCCUUUUUAGUAAGUUUAAAGCAACCUUCUCUCUCUCUAUACUAUUUAGAGUUUAAAAAGCUACCCUCCCUUCUUACAGUAGAGAGAGUAAAGCUACGCUAUCGCCUAUAUGAGUAGUAAGGAAAGCAACCCAUAACGAAAAAACUAUAGGAAGAGAAAGAAUAAAGAGAGAGAAAGAAGAAGGAGAGAAGAAAGAAAGAAGAGAAGAGAGAGAAGGAGAGAAAGAGAUAGACGAGAGAUAACCAAAAAGCGAGCGAGGAGAGCGAUGAGCGAGAGAGAAGGAUAGAGCGAGAGAGAAGAGAGAGAGAGAGAGAGGACGAGAGCGAGAGAUAGACGAGAAAGCGAAGAGAGAGAGCGAGAGAGAGAGGAGAGAGAGAGAGAGAGAGAGAGAAAAAGCCAUUCGGCUAUCGUAUUUUCGAGUAUCGGAAGAUCGUUUCUCUAACCCUCUGCACUCUUCCACACCCCACUCUCUCGCCCCUCUCUCUCUAUCUCUCUCCCUCUCUCUCUCUCUCUCUCUCUCUCUCCCCCUCCUUCCUCCAGUAUGUUCAGUACUCAGCAGUCUCCGCCUCAGUUUGCCCAGCAGCAGCAGACCAAUGGGGGCGCAGCCAUGUACAACGGCAACGGAAUGAACCUCAACGUCUCCAUGGCUACCAACGCCAGCGGCAUGGCCGCAGCGGGUCAGAUGGCCGGGACAGAUGAGCGUCACCUCACCUGGGAUGACCUCAAUGGGACAGGAACAGGUAAGAUACAUGGACGGGAUGAACUUUAAUAUCCCGGAGGGCAGAAUUGUCUUAGACACACAGUACUGCUGUAUAUAAAAUACACUUCUGUUUCAUUACACACUAGACAUAAAUACAUUGCACGUAUGAGAUACAUAACCAUACUUAAGUAUACAUAGUGUUUAUAUGCACGUGAAUGACCUCUGAACUCUGGACCAGGUCAAAUACAUAGACAUACACACAGCGGACAGUUUAUUAGGUACGUCACCCCGUUUGCGGAAAUUGAUCGCUCCUACGGACAGUGGGUCAGGUGGCCGUGGCUUGCUAUAUAAAGCAGGCAGACAGGCAUCGAGGCAUUCAGUUACUGUUCUAUUGAACGUUAGAGUGGGCAAAACGAGUGACCUAAGCAACUUUGAGCGUGGUAUGAUCAUCGGUGCCAGGGAGAAGCAGUGUCUAGGGUUUCCCGAGAAUGGUGCGACAAACAAACAUCCAGUCAGCGGCAGACCUGUGGGCGAAAACAGCUCGUUGAUGAGAUGAGAGAAGUCGAAGGAGGACGGCAUGAAUCGUGCAAGCUAACAGGCGGGCCCCAAACAGACAAAUAAUGGUGCGGAACGGCAUCUCGGAACGCACAACUUGUCGAUCCUUGUCUCUGAUUGGCUGUUGCAGCAGACGACCUCACCGGGUUCCACUCCUAUCAGCUAAAAAAACAAGAAGAAGCGUCUCCAGUGGGCACGCCAUCACCAACACUGGGGCAAUUGAGGAGUGGAAAAACAUCGAAUGGAACAUAACAGCGAGUUCAGUUUACUUGAGUGGCCUGUCGCAGUCCCCAGACCUCAACCCAAUAGAGCAUCUUUGGGAUGAGAUGGAACGGGCUGUUCACAGCAUGAAUGUACCGCCGUCCAAUCUGCAGCAGCUGCGUGAUGCCAUCGCAUCAGCAUGGACCAACAUCCCUGUGGAACGUUUCUGACACCUUGUAGAAUGUCCCGAAGAAUUCAGGCUGUUCUGGAGGUAAAGGGGGGGUCCGACUCCGUACCAGAUGGGUGUACCUAUUAAACUGGAGGCAAAUGGGGGGGUCAGACUCCGUACCAGAUGGGUGUACCUAUUAAACUGGAGGCAAAUGGGGGGGUCAGACUCCGUACAUUUACAUUUUACAUUUUAGUCAUUUACGCAGACGCUCUUAUCCAGAGCGACUUACAGUUAGUGAAUACAUAUUUUUUUUAUACUGGCCCCCCGUGGGAAUCGAACCCACAACCCUGGCGUUGCAAACGCCAUGCUCUAUCAACUGAGCUACAUCCCUGCCGGCCAUUCCCUCCCCUACCCUGGACGACGCUGGGCCAAUUGUGCGCCGCCCAUGAGUCUCCCGGUCGCGGCCGGCGGCGACAGAGCCUGGAUUCGAACCAGGAUCUCUAGUGGCACAGUUAGCACUGCGAUGCAGUGCCUUAGACCACUGCGCCACUCAGGAGUACUGGGUGGGUGUACCUAUUGGGUGUACCUAUUAAACUGUGUGCAUAACAUACAUAAGCAUACAAACUAGCCUAGUAUUUACAAGCCCCUGCAUGGCCUCUGGGCCCUCACCUGGGAGGAGUAACCAUUCAUAAAGAGGUUAUAACUGUUCAUAAACAUAUACAUGGUUUGUAACUCCUAUAGGACUUCACGGUAGUGAUGUAUGUAAAUAUUUAAGUAUACAUAUACUCAUACACACAAUAUUAGGGGUCUAAUAAGGGUGCAGUAGAACUCCGUGACCCCUGAGCAGACCACCGUGAGUAGACCUGUCAUGACGGGGCGGCAGGUAGCUUAGUGGUUAAGAGCGUUGUGCCAGUAACCGAAAGGUCGCUGGUUCUAAUCCCCGAGCCGACUACGUGAAAAAUGUGUCGAUGUGCCCUUGAGCAAGGCACUUAACCCUAAUUGCUACUGUAAGUCGCUCUGGAUAAGAGCGUCUGCUAAAUGACCAAAAUGUGAAAGAAAAAAAAAAUGUAAAUGUGAUAAACCUCUACAGAACAAGUCAAACUCACAACUUUCCCAGAAUCCCUCUGAACUUUCCCAGAAGCCCUCUGAAACACACGGAAUGGAGCCCGUAGGAGCUUGUAGCAGUUAACCAUCGUAUGGGAUAAAAGCUUUGUAUUUUUUUUUUUUACUUUACCCCAUUCCAAGUAGUCAUUAUGCCUUACAGCAAGGCCCUAAGUGUCUGGGUAAUGGGUACAUGCACUUCAUUGAGCCCCUUCUCCCUACGACUCAUCUAGUGAAUAAUUUAGAUCUAAUGUAGCUGUAUGAUGUAGUACGGCUAGCUAGUUAUGGGGCAUGACCCGGACUGAGAAGUAGACAAUGUUAUAUCGUAAUUAGUAGUGUGUACAUGUGUAUGUACAGGUAACUGACAAAAUAAAGGAAACACUUGAGUAAAUGAGGGAUACAAAGUAUAUUGAAAGCAGGUGCUUCCACACAGGUUGUGGAAUUAACAUCCCAUCAUGCUUAGGGUCACGUAUAAAAACGCUGGGCAGGCCCAGUUGCCCAUUUUGUUUUGGCUGCCAUGGCUAGAAGAAGAGGUCUCAGUGACUUUGAAAUAAGGGUGAUUGUUGGGGCACGUUUGGCAGGAGCUUCAGUGAUGAAGACUCUCAUAAUAAGCCACUAAUGGGAGAUUCUCUAGCGGGGCUUGAGAUAGCGUUUUCCACCACCAUCAACAAAACACUCAAUUAUAGAAAUUUCUCGUCGAAGAAUGGUGUCGCAUCCCUCCCUUAGAGUUCCAGACACGUGUAGAAGCUAUGCCAAGGCUCAUUGAAGCUGUUCUGGUGCCUUGUGGUGGCUUAACACCUUAUUAAGACACAUUAGUGGUGUUUCCUUUAUUUUGGCAGUUACUUGUAUGUGUGUUUAGCAGGGAGAGAGGAGGGGCUUCUGGUCUGAUAAGAGGCCCUGGGGCCAGACUGUUAAAGUCUGCUAAAUAAAACAACUCUCUGAUGGACUUGGAAGUCCCAACGGAGCUGUCCUUUUUAGAACACAGCUGCAUCCCAAAUGGCAUCAUGUUCCCUGUAGUGUCUUAGAUUUGACCAGGGCCCCCUUCCUAUGAAACACACACACAGUCAAGACACCCUUCUCCCCUGCAAAACACACACACACACACACACACACACACACACACACACACACACACCCUUCACCAGUCUACUCAGACAACAGUAAGUGGAUGAUGUCGUGGUAAAUGCCAUGCACCGUCAGCAUUCCAUUACUGGGGAACAACAUUCAUUUUGUGACGUCAAUGUGGUAUUUAUUAAUGUCUCUUCUCUCAUUCUCUCAUUGUGUCAUCGGUCUAGUAAAGAGGUGGUAUGUGAUGUUGUUGCUUUUAAGCCUAAUAACCCAGUAUGAAUAUUUAACCAAGCAGCAGCAGUUCGAUUGUCUGUGAGCACUUCGGGCUGUUGCUAUAUGUUUAAAGCUACUGCUAUACGCGUCACUUGAUUGAUUCCCACGCCACGCUAUCGAAAUUAUACCGGCACUUAAAUUAUGUAAAUUAUUCAAACCGUUGACCAUUAGUGCGAUUUAGAGGUGAUUAUUUUUACUCACUCUUUGUAGGUUUGUUCUUUUAUAAUCUGUUCUUCAAGGGUGUUUUCACACUUGGUCUCUUUCAGCCAAUUUAUGUGAACUCUGUUCGCUUAAUUUUUUUGUGCAGUGUGAACUCUCCAAAGGAACUCAGACCCCUUCAAAAGAGCCCCCCGAAGCAAACCGAACUGAGACCAUCUCAAGAGGUGGUCUGAGUUUGGUUCGCUUGAAUUUCCGGGGUCUGAUUCCCUUUUUUAGGGCACUGUGAACCUAAAGCUCCCCAGGUUAGCUUGUCAUUAUUUACGCAACGCCUCAGACUACUGCAACACCGUUUCCCCUGACAUAACUCCUCACAUUGGUGCCACAAAAGAGAGAUGAUGCGCAGGUUUUGCCGAAAUAAAACGUGCUGUUUUGAUUUGCACAAAAAAUUCAAAAAUAUGUGUGUUUUUAGUUCAGAUUAUUUGUUUGCAAUAUGUGAUCUAUAGGCUAAGAGAGCUUCAUAAGCUGUUUAUUCAAUUGUGGGGUUUGAAUAGUGUGAGAAGACACCAAUAUAUUUGGUGAGAAUCACAACAUUGGGUACAAAAUCAAUUCUAGCUCCUAAAGGGGCAGUAGCCUACAUUGGUUGUACAAUUUUCAAUUACGUCUUAUUUAAUCUCCAGUUAUUCUUCUGCUAUUUAUUCUGUUACCAGUAAUAUUUACAUUUACAUUUACAUUUUAGUCAUUUAGCAGACGCUCUUAUCCAGAGCGACUUAGUUAGUGAGUGCAUACAUUUACAUGUUAAUAUCGUCUGAUUACAAUUAUUAUGUCUCAUCUUUUAACUAAAUGCAAUCUAUUAGCUUCCAAAAUGUACGAAGGUAUAUCUAGCUGUCCGAUAACACGUUCUGAUGGAAUGGCUUGUCCUGCACUUUGUAAAAACCCAGAGUGCAUUGAGUAAAUGUUAGCAAUGUGUAUACAAACAUGACUCCGACCACAGAAUAGAGGAAGUGAACUGACAGAAAGAGUUGAGUCCUCAUCCAAAGGCAAGGACAGUGUGAAUACAAAGAGAACUCAGUUAUUUAGCUUUUUUCUUCACCCCAAAGUUCACUUUAAAGAGGACUGAGAUGGGUUAUUUUUAAAGAGGACUAUAUGUGAAAACACCCUAAGAUGGUCACCACUUGCUCAACUGUCUGGGGAGGUCUGUCUGAAAUUGGUCCAGCUUGGUUUUUAGCAUCCACUGCCCUUUAUUUUAGCAGUAGCGGUGAGAGACAUUCUUGACCAUUGCUACUCUCCCUUCUGGGACAGCUACAAGGCCCUUCCCCACCCUCCCUUUGGGAAAUCUGACCACGCCUCUAUCCUGCUUCUCCCUACCUAUAGGCAGAAACUUAAACUCUGUACAAACAGACCAACUAUGAUCGCCGUAAGGCAAUCAAAGUGGCAAAACAUCAGUACAGAGACAAAGUGGAGUCACAAUUCAAUGGCUCAGACACAAGACGUAUGUGGCAGGAACUCCAGACAAUCAUGGAAAAUAAAGUGAAAACCAGCCACGUUGCGGACACAGACGCCUCGCUUCCGGACAAGCUAAACGCCUUCGCCCGCUUCGAGGGAAACAAGACAGGCCUCGCGGACACUGGCCGCUCCCGAGGACUCAGUGGCCGACCAUAAGACAUUUUAAGCGUGUUAACCCUCGCAUGGCCUGCCUGCCCAGACGGCAUCCCAAGCCGCGUCCUCAGAGCAUGCACGAACCAGCUGGCUGGAGUGUUUACGGACAUAUUCAAUCUCUCACUAUCCCAGUCUGUUGUCCCCACUUGCUUCAAGGUCAAGUCCACCAUAGUUCCUUUACCCAAGAAAGUGAAGGUAACUGAACUAAAUGACUAUCGCCCAUCACGUCUGUAAUCAUGAAGUGCUUUGAUAGGCUAGUUAAGGACCAUAUCACCUCCAUCUUACCUGACACCGUAGACUGAGUUCAGUUUGCAUACUGCUCCAACAGAUCCACAGACAACGCAAUUAACAUUCCACUGCACACAGCCCUAUCCCACCUGGACAAGAGGAAUACCUAUGUAAGAAUGCUGUUCAUCGACUACAGCUCAGCCUUCAACACCAUAGUGCCCUCCAAGCUCACCACUAAGCUCGGAGCCCUGGGUCUGAACCCCCUCUCUGUGCAACUGGGUCCUGGACUUCCUGACUGGCUGACCCCAGAUGAAGGAAUGCAGCAACACCUCCGCCACGCUGAUCCUCAACACGGGGGCACCACAAGGGUGCGUGCCCAGCCCUCUCCUGUACUCCCUGUUCACCCAUGACUGCGUGACGACACAACAGUUUGCUGACGACACAACAGUGGUAGGCCUGAUUACCAACAGUGACGAGACAGCCUACAGGGAGGUGAGAGCCCUGGCGGGGUGGUGCCAGGAAAAUAACCUCUCCCUCAACGUCAACAAAACCAAGGAGCUGAUCAUGGACUACAGGAGACAGCAGAGGGAGCACGCCCCCAUCCACAUUGAAAGUUUCAAGUUCCUCUGCAUGCACCUCACUUACGACCUGAAAUGGACUGAUAAACAGCUUCUAUCUCCAGGCCAUCAGAAUGUUAACCAGUCACCACUAGCCGGCCUCUGCCCAGUACCCUGCCCUGAACCUUAGACACUGUCACUAGCUGACUGCCGGUUUUAGAGACCAUUCAGCACCACUUUUUAACCCCUCCUGCACAUAUUGUUACAAACUGUCUUUCUAUUUGUUCAAAUAAACUAAACUAAACUAGCCGGCUAACUAGUACUCUACCCUGCCCCUUAGAGGCUUCUACCCGCUAGUGGACAGUGCCUUCGGAAAGUUUUCAGACCCCUUUACUUUUUCCACAUUUUGUUACGUUACAGCCUUAUUCUAAAAUGUAUUAAACACAUUUUUUUUCUCAUCAAUCUACACACAAUACCCCAUAAUGACAGUGAAAACAGGUUUUAAACAAUUUUUUCAAAUUUAGUAUAAAAAAAAAGUGACCUAAGCGACUUUGAGCGUGGUAUGAUCGUCAGUGCCUGGUACGCCGGGUCCAGUAUCUCAGUAACGGCGUGGCCUCCUGGGAUUUUCACGCACGACAGUGUCUAGGGUUUACCGAGAAUGGUGCGACAAACAAAAAACAUCCAGUCAGCGGCAGUCCUGUGGGCGAAAACAGCUCGUUGAUGAAAGGUCGAAGGAGAAUGGCAAGAAAUCGUGCAAGCUAUAACAGGCGGGCCACAAACAGGCAAAUUACGGCGCAGUACAACAGUGGAACGCACAACUCGUCGAUCCUUGUCUCUGAUUGGCUGUUGCAGCAGACGACCUCACCGGGUUCCACUCCUAUCAGCUAAAAACAAGAAGAAGCGGCUCCAGUGGGCACGCCAUCACCAAGACUGGACAACUGAGGAGUGGAAAAACAUUGCCUGGUCAGACGAAUCCCGGUUCCUGUUGUAAAUUCUAUCCAUUUUGUUAUGGGGUUUUGUACUUGAUUGUCUUGACAUAGCUUUUUCUAAUAUUUUUAAAUUUUAAAUUUUGCAGGAUGAAAUCUCUUGAUGCACCAUCUCAUUUUCAAGAGUGUCCAAAUAAAAAAAACGAAUAUAUGUACUUAGUAACAAUCAUGAUAUGGCAACUACGGUCUGAUAAUAACAACAAUGAAAUAAUAAUAAUAAUAAUACUUUUUAAAAAUGUACAUUAACAGCAUUAAAAGGUUUUGUACAACUACUAAUACUGUCGGCCUACAACUAAUAAAAACUACUGCUACAACUGCUAAUACAACCAAUAAAUAUACUGUUGCAACUAUAAAUACAACUAAUUACCUAUAAUACACUGAGUGUACAAAACUCAAGCUCAAAAUGUGGAAAAAGGUGAAGGGGUCUGAAUACUUUCCGAAUGCACUGUAUCAGAUUAUUGUUCCCAUUCUUGCUGAGGGGAUAACUAUCAGGUCAUGUAUACCUAGCAUUGAUGGAAUUUGAGGGUGAAAUUAUUGAGGUACCAGAUGAGCUUAUAGAUGAUGCUGAUUUAACAUCAGCUAUAUCUGCCGGCUCUUGGAUGACACUGACAUGUAGGAUUAUUUGCUGAAUAGGUUGAUUAUUUGACCUAUUUAAAAGGUCAUUUGUGUAUUUCCAGAACUGCUGUUAAUUUUCUUCUUUUUUUUUUUUUGUAAGACUAUCCAUAUGGAAGGAGGCUUUUGCAUUUCUAGUUUUAGUUUUACUGGCAUUUCAUAAUUUUCUAUAGGACUCCCAAUCAGUUGGAUCUUUGGUUCUACAGUACUUAGCCCCGGGCUUUAUCCCUUUCUCUGUACUGAUGUAUUAAGGCAGAGCUAACCCAGGGCAGGGGACGGCCCCUUGACUUUCACUGUUCUCCAAGGUGCAUUUUUAUCACAUACCUUUUGUGAAUUCAGUGACAAAGUAAUCCCAUGCAUUUUGGUCUGUUGGGAUUACUUGGAAUAUUUGCCAGUUUAUGGAUAUCAAGUCUUCAAUUAAAUAAUCAAUAUUUAAAUUUGUACAUUGUCUUAAAUUAAUCUAUUUGGGUGGAUUUUUUUAUCCUGUCAGGACAUGUCACCAAGCGCCAAUCCAGCAAAGUCCCAUUAUGAGUUUGUUGAUUGACUCUCAUUGGUUCUUUAAUGAAUUUAGUAAAAUAGAUGCCUGGGGUUUACCCUGGAUGUUACUGUAGGAUAAAUGUCCCUCUGGAUAGAUGGCUGGUGUUUACCCUGGAUGUUACUGUAGGAUAACUGUCCCUCUGGGUAGAUGGCUGGGGUUUACCCUGGAUUUUACUGUAAGAUAACUGUCCCUCUGGGUAGAUGGCUGGGGUUUACCCUGGAUUUUACUGUAAGAUAACUGUCCCUCUGGGUAGAUGGCUGGGGUUUACCCUGGAUGUUACUGUAGGAUAAAUGUCCCUCUGGGUAGAUGGCUGGUGUUUACCCUGGAUGUUACUGUAAGAUAGCUGUCUCUCUGGAUAGAUGGCUGGUGUUUACCCUGGAUGUUACUGUAAGAUAGCUGUCCCUCUGGGUAGAUGGCUGGAGUUUACCCUGGAUGUCACUGUAGUAUAACUUGAUUUGAUUAAUAAUGAAGACACAAUAUGUUUUUCUAUUGGGUGAUUACAACAUACAUGUAUUUAAAAGUGAGAACCACUCACUCACUGACAUCUGACUUUUGGAAUAAUUUAUACUCCAGCUAUCUGUAUCACUCAUCUAUAAGCCUACAAGAGUGACCAGUUCAUCUGCCACCCUUAUUGAUAAUAUUUUUACAAAUUCUUUGAAUAAUGUGGCUAAUACAGGUCAAUUCCAAGAAUCCUCAAAUAAUAUAAAGUCAACUUGGAAAAUCAUCAAUCAACUGUUAAAUAAGAAAAAGGCAUCUCCAACUAUCCCAUUUCAAUUUACUGUUAGAAAUAAGACCUAUAGUGAUCCUGAUGUUAUUUCAUGUGAAUUUAAUAACUUUUCUGUCAAAAUUAUUUUGAAAACUGAUCUAAAUCCCUUGGAUUACAUUAAGGAACAUUUCCCUUCUCUGCUUCAGUUUGAUCCUCCUGAUGUGAUGGAGGUGAUGGAGGUCAUUGGGUGCCUUUCUGCAGAAGGGACUGGUGCACUUCACAAAAUAGAUGGCAUCAUGAGGAAGGAAAAUUAUGUAGAUAUAUCUCAAGACCUCAGUCAGGAAGUUAAAGCUUGGUCGCAAAUGGGUCUUCCAAAUGGACAAUGACCCCAAGCAUACUUCCAAAGUUGUAGCAAAAUGGCUUAAGGACAACAAAGUCAAGGUAUUGGAGUGGCCAUCACAAAGCCCUGACCUCAAUCCUAUAGAACAUUUCUGGGCAGAACUGAAAAAGUGUGUGCGAGCAAGGAUGCCUACAAACCUGACUCCAUUACACCAGCUCUGUCAGGAGGAAUGGGCCAAAAUUCACCCAACUUAUUGUGGGAAGCUUGUGGAAGGCUACCCGAAACGUUUGACCCAAGUUAAACAAUUUAAAGGCAAUGCUACCAAAUACUAAUUGAGUGCAUGUAAACGUCUGACCCACUGGGAAUGUGAUGAAAUAAAUUAAAGCUGAAAUAAAUCAUUCUCUCUACUAUUAUUCUGACAUUUCACAUUCUUAAAAUAAAGUGGUGAUCCUAACUGACCUCAGACAGGGAAUUUUUACAAGGAUUAAAUGUCAGGAAUUCUGAAAAACUGAGUUUAAAGGUAUUUGGCUAAGGUGUAUGUAAACUUCCGACUUCAACUACCAUUCAAAGGUUUGGGGUCACUUAGAAAUGUCCUUGUUUUCUAUGAAAACAUACAUUAAAUGAGUUUCAAUAGGAAAUAUGGCCAAAUGAAUAGGAAAUGUAGUCAUUGAGAAGGUUAUAAAUAAUGAUUUUUAAUUGAAAUAAUAAUUGUGUCCUUCAAACUUUUGUCAAAGAAUCCUCCAUUUGCAACAAUUACAGCCUUGCAGACCUUUGGCAUUCUAGUUGUCAAAUUGUUGAGGUAAUCUGAAGAGAUUUCACCCCAUGCUUCCUGAAGCACCUCCCACAAGUUGGAUUGGCUUGAUUGGCACUUCUUACGUACCAUACGGUCAAGCUGCUCCCACAACAGCUCAAUAGGGUUGAGAUCCGAUGACUGUGCUGGCCACUCCAUUAUAGACAGAAUACCAGCUGACUGCUUCUUCCCUAAAUAGUUAUUGCAUAGUUUGGAGCUGUGCUUUGGGUUAUUGUCCUGUUGUAGGAGGAAAUUGACUCCAAUCAAAUGCCGUCCACAGGGUAUGGCAUGGUGUUGCAAAAUGGAGUGAUAGCCUUCCUUCUUCAAGAUCCCUUUUACCCUGUACAAAUCUCCCACUUUACCACCACCAAAGCACCCCCAGACCAUCACAUUGCCUCCACCAUGCUUGACAGAUGGCAUCAAGCACUCCUCCAGCAUCUUUUCAUUUACUCUGCGUCUCACAAAUGUUCUUCUUUGUGAUCCGAACACAAAGAUCUCAAACAUUGUCUGUCCAUAACAUUUUUUUCCCAAUCUUCCUCUGUCCAGUGUCUGUUCUUUUGCCCAUCUUAAUCUUUUCUUUUUAUUGGCCAGUCUGAGAUAUAGCUUUUUCUUUGCAACUCUGCCUAGAAGGUCAGCAUCCCGGAGUCGCCUCUUCUGGUGUUUUGCAAGUACUUUUAAUGAAGCUGCCAGUUGAGGACCUGUGAGGCGUCUGUUUCUCAAUCUAGACACUAAUGUAUUUGUCCUCUUGCUCAGUUGUGCACCGGGGCCUCCCACUACUCUUUCUAUUCUGGUUAGAGCCAGUUUGCGCUGUUCUGUGAAGGGAGUAGUACACAGCGUUGUACGAGAUCUUCAGUUUCUUGGCAAUUUCUCGCAUGGAAAAGCCUUCAUUACUCAGAACAAGAAUAGACUGACGAGUUUCAGAAGAAAGUUCUUUGUUUCUGGCCAUUUUGAGCCUGUAAUCGAACCCACAAUUGCUGAUGCUCCAGAUACUCAACUAGUCUCAAGAAGGCCAGUUUUAUUGCUUCUUUAAUCAGCACAACAGUUUUCAGCUGUGCUAACAUAAUUGCAAAAGGGUUUUCUAAUGAUCAAUUAGCCUUUUAAAAUGAUGAACUUGGAUUAGCAAACACAACGUGCCAUUGGAACACAGGACAAGAGGAAUACCUAUGUAAGAAUGCUGUUCAUUGACUAUAGCUCAGCAUUCAACACCAUAGUACCUUCCAAGCUCAUUAUUAAGCUCGAGGCCCUGGGUCUGAACCCCGCCCUUCCUGUGCAACUGGGUCCUGGACUUCCUGACGGGCCGCCCCCAGGUGGUGAAGGUAGGAAACAACAUCUCCACUUCGCUGAUCCUCAACACUGGGGCCCCACAAGGGUGCGUGCUCAGCCCCCUCCUGUACUCCCUGUUCACCCAUGACUGCGUGGCCAAGCACGCCUCCAACUCAAUCAUCAAGUUUGCAGACGACACAAGAGACCGCCUACAGGGAGGAGGUGAGGGCUCUGGGAGUGUGGUACCAGGAAAAUAACCUCUCACUCCACAUCAACAAAACAAAGGAGAUGAUCGUGGACUUCAGGAAACAGCAGAGGGUGCACCCCCCUAUCCACAUCGACGGGACUGCAGUGGAGAAGGUGGAAAGCUUCAAGUUCCUUGGCGUACACAUCACUGACAAACUGAAAUGGUCCACCCACGCAGACAGUGUGGUGAAGAAGGCGGAACAGAGCCUGUUCAACCUCAGGAGACUGAAGAAAUUUGGCUUAUCACCUAAAACCCUCACAAACUUUUACAGAUGCACAAUUGAGAGCAUCUUAUCGGGCUGUAUCACCGCCUGGUACGGCAACUGCACCGCCCACAACCGCAGGGCUCUCCAGAGAGUGGUGCGGUCUGCCGAACGCAUUACCGGGGGCAAACUACCCGCCCUCCAAGACACAUACAGCACCCGAUGUCACAGGAAGGCCAAAAAGAUCAUCAAGGACAUCAACCACCCGAGCCACUGCCUGUUCACCCCGCUAUCAUCCAGAAGGCGAGGUCAGUACAGGUGCAUCAAAGCUGGGACCGAGAGAAUGAAAAACAGCUUCUAUCUCAAGGCCAUCAGACCAUUAAACAGCCAUCACUAGCACAUUAGAGACUGCUGCUGCCUAUUGAAAUCACUGGCCACUUUAAGAAAUGGAACACUAGUCACUUUAAUAAUGUUUACAUAUCUUGUACUACAUUUUACAUUUUAGUCAUUUAGCAGACGCUCUUAUCCAGAGCAACUUACAGUUAGUGAGUGCAUAAUUUUUUUUUCAUACUGGCCCCCCGUGGGAAUCGAACCCACAACCCUGCCGUUGCAAACGCCAUGCUCUACCAACUGAGCUACACGGGACUACUCAUCUCAUAUGUAUAUACUAUGUAUAUACUGUAUUCUAUAAUAUUCUACUGUAUCUUAGUCCAUGCCGCUCUGUCAUUGCUUGUCCAUAUAUGUAUAUAUUCUUAAAUUCCAUUCCUUACUAGAUUUGUGUGUAUUGGGUAUAUGCUGUGAAAUUGUUAGAUAUUACUUGUUAGAUAUUACUGCACUGUCGGAGCUAGAAGCACAAGCAUUUCGCUACACCCGCAAUAACAUCUGCUAAACACGUGUAUGUGACAAAUACAAUUUGAUUUGAUUUGCUGAUAAUGGGCCUCUGUACGCCUAUGUAGAUAUUCCAUUAAAAAUCAGCAGUUUCCAGCUACAAUAGCCAUUUACAACAUUAACAAUGUCUACACUGCAUUUCUGAUCAAUUUGAUGUUAUUUUAAUGGACAAAAAAAAUGCUUUUCUUUCGCAAACAAGGACAUUUCUAAGUGACCCCAAACUUUUGAACGGUGGUGUAUGUUGAAGAGGGUGUGGCUCAAGCUGCAUCCGUCUCACCCCACGACCCUGUGGAAAGAAAUGUGUGUACACUUGUUGUUUGUGUACAUGGAUUUUAUAAUGUCGUAUGUUUUUCCCCCAACCCCACUUUCCAUCAAUUUGUAUAGCAGACCCUCAUGCCAAAUUGAGUCAAAAGAUUUUUUGAAGUCAACAAAGCAUGAUAAGACUUAGCCUUUUGUUUUGGUUUUGUUUGUUUGUCAAUUAGGGUGUGCAGGGUGAAUACGUGGUCUGUCGUACGGUAAUUUGGUAAAAAGCCAAUGUGACAUUUGCUCAGUACAUUGUUUUCACUGAGGAAAUGUAUGAGUCUGCUGUUAAUGAUAUUGCAGAGGAUUCAACUGACGUAGGUACGAAUAGAUUACAGUCGAAGUACUGAUACAGUGUUAAUUGGGUUGUUCAUUGGAUUCGUUAAGACAGUUCUUAAUUUAAUUUUACUUUUUGGAUUUCGCUGCACCUGCGAUAAUGUCUGCAAAUCUUGUACGCGACCAAUAAACUUUUAUUUGAUUUGACUUUACGCACUUGAACUAAACAUGUUUUAAAGACGUUUUCCUCAACUACCUCAACUAGCCGGUGCCCCCGCACAUUGACUCUGCAACGGUACCCCCCUGUAUAUAUAGCCUCCCUACUGUUAUUUUAUUUUACUUCUGCUCUUUUUUUCUCAAACUUUUUUGUUGUUGUUUUAUUUUUACUUUUUUUUGUUAAAAAAUAAAUGCACUGUUGGUUAAGGGCUGUAAGUAAGCAUUUCACUGUAAUGUCUGCACCUGUUGUAUUCGGCGCAUGUGACCAAUAAAAUUUGAUUUGAUUAGAUUAGAUUUUCCAGCGAAUAUUGAACUUUUACUGUUGACAAGCGAUAUCUGAGUGUUUGCGUAUGUAAAAUGUAUGUGAAAUAUAUUUAAAUGUGAAAUAUGUGUUAAAUGUGUCUGAAUCUGAAACAACUCUCUCUCUUUUUGUCUUCAUCUGUUGACAGAAAUACUGCUGACCCUGUUGGAGCGUUCAGCCAACCAGGACCUUGAUGCUAACGCCCAGGAUCCAAUGAGCUCGCUGGUUCAUCUUCAACCACCCAACCAAUCUAUCAACGGCCCCUUGAGUCACCCUGGCAGUGCCCUGACCCAGCUCUGCCCAGCCAAGCCUGACCUC